AUCAAAAAGAUCUAGCUCCGUGUACCCGAUCGAUUCUUCGUCAGAGAAUGGUCGCACCGUAUGCCAAACCUUUAACUUCAUCAUACCGAAAGGGAGUCUUUCGAUACUUAGGUGUAGGCUUAUUGACAGUGACCUGCGGUUAUUACAUCGUUAGGAAUCGCUCAUUAGCAGUGACCAGCUUCAAUAAUCUCGAAGAAAUCUUGUAG